AUGGGAUGUGCUGAUAAUGCUCUAGCUGCCUUCUCACAGGAACCGUAUUUCAAUGCCGAUGAAGAUUAUGAGUCUGAGUGGGAGUUUGUAGAUCAUACACUGAACCGCGUGUUUGGUUACGGAGACGUGGAUGAGCAGAUAGCAGAACUCAUCUGCCGAGGCCCUCUGGGAAUUGACGGGCUUAUUCAUUGGCUAGAGGUCUGUUUAACAUGGCCUACUGUCUCUUUUGAUCUUCUGGAGGGCAAAAUUUGCACGCUUGUGCCGCGCUAUGGUUCUGAGAGGGGCGACUAUUGGACCAUUUAA